AUGAAUAAAGAACUGAAUUAUGACAUAGGUUUUAUAGAGAAUGACUAUGAAGAGCUACAAGUAUUAUUAAAUAUGGCUUUAGAGGAUUGUAGUGAAAGUAAAGUGAAUGAAAUUUGGGAGGUCAAGUAUAUUCAAAGCACAACAAAUCAUUCACAUGAUGAUUUAGUUGAAGAAGACAUUUUUUAA